AUGACACAACGAACCCAGAAUGAUACAAAAUCCACAGAGUUGGAUGCUGUGCCUGAGAGACCGCAGACCUCCAUGAGCAGAACAAGCUUAGGAGGUGCCGAGGCGUCAAUGAAAGAUGGCCUCGGCGACACCUCAUCGUCCUCUCCGUAUGGUACGCGGUCUAGGAAUAGGACAGGCAACGCCCGUCCUAACUAUGCAGAGGACAAGGACAUGGACCUUGACUACGAGUAUUUACCACCCAAGAAGGAGAAUGAGCUCAAGAAGUCGACUCGCCAAAACAAUCCUUCUCCCGCUGCACCUGUGGAGGCUCUGCGACCUGGCGGCUCCUCGAGAAAAUCUGGAGUUGAUGAGGGCAAACCCGCCCCUCCCCAACGAACGGGACUAAGGAGCAAAUUUCACCACCUGAAGCUACGCCUAACCACGGUACAAAUGGCAUAG